UCGAGUUGUUGACAACUGCUGUCGCGAAUCGGAGGAGUUUUAGUUUCCCUUUGACUGGGAACGGCAACGGACGCAUUCAACAGUUUUUAUUAUAAGUCUAAGGAAGGCAUAUAAUUUAAAUAUGCAAUGGCUAUGGUGUACUGCAUUUUUGCUCUUUGUGGCAUGGAGUUGUCCUUCGCAAGCAGUCCGUAUUUCUGCUCUACAAGCUGAGCAACGCUUGCCGCAAAAGCAGGCUAAGAUUGGAUCCAGAAAUCAUCCAGUCGAAUAUGUCCUUCUGCCGAGUGCUCGAGGUGGAUACACAAGGCGUAAUGUCCACAGUCUGGGCAAAGCAGAUACUACAUCAACCACCGAAAGACCUUUGGUUCGGGUUUGGAACAGUUUCGUGCGCAGUGUUCAGCCCGCAUUCAGUUUCCGCAACCUGACCAACCCGCUGGCCAACUUUUUUAACGAUGGCAGUGCCAACAUCAUUGAGACGUCACCCGUCUACCUGGAGGCCUACAAUGAUGACCAGGAGCUGCAGCUAGAGGAGCCCACACCGGUGGCCUCGCAGAGUUCUAACAAACGCAAGCGAAAGCGCCGAAAGCAGCAGAAGCGCCGACCCGUCUACGAUUCGCAGGAGAACGAUGAUGAUUACGGAUCAUAUGAUCACUACUACGCGCCACCUCCUCCGCCGCCGCCGUCCGCACAGCCCAUGUUCUUCUACGAUACCAACUCGGGCAACUACUACGGAGUGCAACGCUUCAGUCCGCAGGAUUUCCAAGCCAGAUUCUACAGCUUUAAUGGCCAGCAGCAGCGAGAGCCAGAAGACAACGAUAGCGAACCGGAGACGGCGUCGCCCGUGUUGAGGAGACUCGGCCCCAGGAAGGUGACUCUGCUGCGCCCGCUGGCCGUCUCGUCGGUCAAGAGCCAGUCCCCCCCAAAAGCAGAAGUGAGCAGGCCAGAGUCGACCAAUAAGAACGAAGAGACGGUUGAGGAAAACGACAGCAGCACACCGAGCGAUGCAACGAUUAACGAUGAAGACGACGGCGAUAUCGAAACCCACUCACCACUCUCCGAGAGCAUGCGCAAUGCUCUGGGCACGUACAUGCGCGACGAUCUCCACACCCGGGAGCGCCAGAGGCUCGCAAGCGAUGGAGCCGAUGCACAUGAUUCCGACGCCAAAGUUUCGCCACGCCAUUAUCAACGACGCCUUUUCCGGCUGGGCGCCUGGUAAUCCGGACUAAACUAUCUUGAAUAAACUCUUUACGUAUGGAUGAUCGUGUAUUUAUCGUAUGUGGUAAAUGCAAGUGAGG